AAGUUCUGAACUGCAAAAGAUUAUUCUCACUUAUCACCAAGAUCAAAAUUGCCAAAAUUACCCCCUGCAGCAAAACAUUGACCAUGCGUUCUUCCAUAACAACCCUUGGCCUCUUAGCUCUCUUCUCCCUCUCUUCCGCCGCCCCAACACCUAUCGAGCUCGCCCCACGCUGUGGAACAACCGUCUUCCCAACCUUCCUCCAACAACUCACUGAAACGUCCCCCUCAACCGUCCAAGCCAACACUCUCUCCACAACCGGCGACUUCCACGUCUCGCAAACCGUAACGAACGGCGUCGUCUCAAACCGCAUUUACCAAGUCGUCGCCUUCGAAAACAUCCCCUCCACAGCCUACGGCUGCCAACUCAACGUCGUAUUCCCGGCCUCCUACCCCAUCACCUCAACCGGCACUCCAACAUUGAACGUCACGACCCUUUAUAAUGGGUCUCCUAGUUCGAUCACUUACCCCAAUAAUUGGAGCUGGUCAACAUUCUAUCCUCCUACUUCGCCACCCUUUGGACAGGGACUUUUCGACACAGUGACCUUUGCGCCGGGACAGAGCGCGGCGAUUAAUUCUGAGGUUUGUGGACAAAAUUUGGCGUUUGUGUUUGAGGUUGCGAGCUGGGUGGGGGUUAGUAGCUCGGUGGAGUUUAAUGAGUAUGUUAAUUUGUUGAACGGGGCGGGGUUAGCGGGGGUUUAUUUGACUUAUGGGUGUUAGAUGA